UCACACACAUGGACAAAAACACAAUCUAGAAUCUAGAUCCAACAAACCAUCUCCAAUGAGCAAUAACAAAACACAACAACACAACUUUCCUUAGUUCUUACUCAACUUUUCUCCUCUUAACACAACAAGCGUAACCAUAACAGUGGGUACACUACUAACUACUAAGUUUGUGUGCAUCGCCAUGGAUUUCGGGAUCCAUGAGCUUAAAGUUAAACCUCUCUCAAUCUCUCUCCUAAAACUCACAACUUUGAUACUAUUACUAAUAAUAGUAACAUUAUUUCAAUUCUCAAAUGCUUCAAUUCACACCUAUGACCGACAAUCUUUCAAUGAAGUGGGCAAUGCUUUACUUCUCUCUGGUGGUAGUGAAGGAAUUCGUGCCUCUCGCGCUUCUCUUACUUCUUCUUCUUCUAAACAUAUUGUUCUUCACUCUCUUCAUGAUGGAAUCUCUUUUAUCAGAUUUGAAAAUAUCACUUUCUGGAGAAGUAAGGAAGCUGCUGAACGACAAUCAGGCUCUGGACUAGUGCAAAUUGUGAUAUUUGAAGCAGCUGAUCGUGAUGAUAUUGGUGGUUCAGCUUAUGGUGGACAACGUUCUAUUUGCUGCACUCCUGAUCUUGCUAAAAUCGAAGGAUGCAAGGAAGGGGAGGUUAUCAAAAUAAAAUCAUCUACAGAUAGUAAUUGGCCAGUGGUUCUUAAUGUGAAGUUUAAGGGGCGUUCUUUAAGAACCAGAAUGCGCAGGCAAGAGGUGUAUGUCACAAAGACAGGAAUGUAUAACUUAUUCUUCAUUUCUUGUGACCCAAAAUUGAAAGGACUAGUUCUGAAUGGGAGGACUGUGUGGAAAAAUCCUGAUGGCUAUUUACCUGGUAGAAUGGGCCCAUCCAUGAACUUUUAUGUUUUCAUGUCUCUUGCCUACCUGUUGCUAAGCUCAAUAUGGUGUUUUCAAUAUUGGAGGUUCUGGAAUGAGGUACUGCAACUUCAGCAUUGCAUUACCACAGUGGUUGCUCUUGGAUUGUUGGAAAUGGCUUUUUGGUAUCUUGAGUAUGCUAAUUUCAACAGCACAGGCAUCAGGCCUGUUGUACUUACAACUUGGGUUGUAACUCUUGGAGCUGCAAGAAGAGCACUUUCCCGUCUUCUUAUUCUUUCGAUUUCAAUGGGUUAUGGCGUGGUCAGGCCUACUCUUGGUGGUCUUACCUCUAAAGUGCUGGUUAUUGGGGCAACUUACUUCGUGGCUACUGAACUACUAGACAUUACAGAGUAUGUGGGCACCGUUAAUGACAUAUCGGGCAGAGCAAGAUUACUACUUGUCCUUCCUGAUUCAUUCCUGGAUGCAUUUUUAAUCUUGUGGAUUUUCACUUCUCUUUCUAAGACACUGGAACAACUACAGGUGAAACGAAGCUCUGCCAAGUUGGAUAUCUACAGGAAGUUCUCGAAUGCAUUAGCAGUUUCAGUGAUUGCUUCAGUUACAUGGAUUGUAUAUGAGUUGUAUUUCAAGGCUACGGAUCCUUUUAAUGAGCGAUGGCAGAGUGCUUGGAUUAUCACUGCUUUCUGGGACAUCCUCGCAUUUGCAGUGCUGUGCAUAAUUUGCUACCUCUGGGCUCCAUCUCAGAGUUCUCAGAGGUACGCAUAUUCUUCAAAUGGAGGAGGAGAAGAAUUUAACGAUGAAGAAGUUCAAUCUCUAACAAGACCGAAAUCUGCGGGAGAUGUUAGUUUGGUCGAGCAGGGAAAAGUAACAAGAGAUGGUGGCAAUGGCGACGUCUAUGAUUCUGAAGAUGAUGAUAUUCAGCCUGGCAAGGGUGAGUAGCAAUCAACAAGACAGAAAGAUCACAUAACAGUGAAUCAGGAAUUUUGGUUUGACUAUACAAUCUGUAAAUGUGCAUUGAAGAAGCUUCUAGAAGUUGGUACGAUUGACGAGAUCAAAAGUACAGAAAGCUUGUGAGAAAUCUUGGGUCUAUUAGCAGGAGGUACAUAUAAAAGGAGUGCGCAUGCUGCUGCCGCUGCCGCCCCCUCCUGAUAUAUGGUUAGCACUUAACGCCUACAGUUGUCAUUUGUAGUCCUGUAUCAGGUCAGCCAUUCAAACAACCUAGGAGGUGGCUUAGGCAAUUCCCAUUGCCAUUCAUGUAUGUUUGUUAAUCUUUUUGAUUUUGUUUAUGCCUUCCUCACCACACGGUAAUUUUGUUUGAUUAACAUGUACAACAUUUGAUUAUAUUGAUUUUCUUUGCAAUCUGUAA